AUGUCUUGUCAAGUAGCCCUCCCUAGAGAGCAAGUAGCAGGCCAUCUGUCUCAGCACCACAAGCUCAUUCCCUAUGAUGCCACUCUGUUGGAUGAAGAAUGCACCACAUUGGACCUUGCAGUGCUUCCUUCCCUUGGAGGCAAGGACCCAAUUGAAGCUAUUGCAGGGCUGCGAAUCCACCAGGGGAUGGCUUGUUCAGCCUGCCCCAAGGUGGCCCAGUCCUCGGAAUGGCUCCGGGUUCACUUCUCACAGGUCCACACUGGUCAAACAAAGCCCAAGGAGUGGAGAACAUGCACCAUGCAGCACCUCUCGGACGUCCCCCCUUUCCAUGCAUGGUUUGAAGUUGCUUCACCUCAGCCAGCCUCCAACUCUACCAGUCCUCUGUUGCAAUUUAUCCAGAAAAUGACAGAGAGCACCAACAUCCUUGUCCAGCCUCAGGACUCUAGGGAGAUCAGCCCAUGGCUAUUGUCCACCCACUGGCAUGAACACACUGCCCCAUUCUCACCUUCCCAACUCCGUCAUCUGGUUCUUGCACCCUCAGCCAAUGAAUUCCCAUCCCUUUUCAAGACUGUGGAGUCCUACUUCAUGGACUGUGUGGGCCUUAUUGAAGGGACCGACCUACUUGUGCUCCAGAAACUCAACACUGAUGACCCUUUAAAGAGUGGCAUCAGCAAUAGCCCCUUUCAUCCUCACCAGCAGCAGGCAUCCAACAGAUCUUACAUGACCAUAUUGGCAUGCUUGGUGGCCUUCCUUCUCAGGGAGAAGGGCAUAUAUUCCCUUCCACUUCCUCCCAACAUUGUAUCCUCUAUCAGCGACCUUGCCCAUGCCAUUCGAGUGGAUGCCGCGGAUGCAAAGGACCACUUGCACUCCUUAUUGCUGCAGCUCUGGACCACUCACUGGAGGAGAUCUGAUGGCAACCACAUCCCAGAUCCCACAGAGAGGUUCUUGGCCAUCUACAGCCUCCGUCCAGAUGGUGGUCAUUGUGACCCCAAGGACAUCACCGGGCCCAUUGCUAGGUUCAAGUACAGCAUGCGGCUGGUAUUCCUACACCAGAUCAAGUACUGGACCAGAACCCAGGAGCCCUACCAGGAUGACUGGGGCUGCUCCCAGCUGGAGAGAUGGUUCUCUGAGAAGCACUACUCCUCCUUUAACACCAUCUGCAGUCUUCAGCAUCUUGCGUCUGGAAUUGUCAAGUCUACCAUGGGCCUACCCAGGAUCUGGUGGAAAGACCAAGCCAAGUGGAGGAGUCUGCUUUACAAGGGAGACCUGGUCUGUCUAGACCAAGUGGAGGAGCUGUUCAGGAAGCAGGAGGAGGACCUGGUUGCACUUUGGAAGGACAAGGUGCUGCUUGGCCUGGACCUCAGGGUGGACUAUGACACCAUCAAGGAGGACUUGUCCAGGGACGAUGUUGGGUAUUGCUUCCUCAAUGAUCCCAGAAACAGGAAUCUCCACUCCAGAACUCUCCUCCUAGAAGCUGUGACUAGGGACGACAUCCUGGUCACAAAGCUGCUCAUCAGACAGGGUAGCUCCUAUGCCUGGAGGGUGGAUGCCCUCCGUGAAUGGCUUGGAUACUAUGCCAGUCUGCAAGGCCUCCUCAUGCUUAGGUGUGAGAUGCUGGCUGGAGGACCCGCCAGAGGAACAGAGAUCACAUCAAUGAAGUUCCGGAGUACUGCCACCCGCCGUGUCCGCAACCUCUCAUUUCUUGGCACCCAUCUCACCAUGCUCACCACCUAUCACAAGUCAGGGGCCCUCACAGGAACCGACCGCCUCAUACCCCACUCUGUGGAUGCCUUCACUGCAGAUCUCUUAAUCCAGAGUCUGGCCAUUGCUCGACCUUUUGCGGAGAUGGCUGCCAGAGUCUGUUUCCCCACCAACCUCACUGUGCAUGCCCUCUAUCAAGACCACCUGUUUGUCAAUUUCAACAAGCCCUUUGACACUGACAAUCUCAGUGAGCUCAUGAAGAGACAGACACAGCCUAUCUUGGGUGUGGGUCUGACAGUCAAUCCCUGGAGGCAUAUUGCCAUAGCCUUCAGGAGAAGGCUCUGUAGGGGGGCCAGCAACCUGUUUGAGGACGAGGAGGAGAUCGAGUCCGUGAAUGCUCUGGCAAGUGGGCACUCCAGAGCUCAGGAGAACAGAACCUAUGGGAUCAGUGUGGACACCUUGGCUGGUCCUGGCGAGGAUGUCUUGCCUCUGUAUUUGGAUGCCAGCACUGACUGGCACAAGGUCACUCACACGGUGCCAGGAGGUGUAAUGCUGCCCUAUGACCAAGCCAUGGGCAAGUUCUUUGGUGAGCUUGCCCGUGUCAGGGUCAUCCCUGCAGAUGGACCAUCUGGGACCAAACCCCAAUCUGUGGAUGAGGACAAGAUCUCCCAGGAUGUGUCUCAGAAGGUCUCUGAGAGCCUAAAAGCAGACCUCCCAGGCAUUGUCCAGCAUGCGCUUGCCCAAGUCCUAGGAAGCCUCGACAUCUCUGGCAGUGCUGCCAGUGUUGCUUUUAAUCCUCUCGACGCAAGGAUUCAACCUGGUAGCCAUCCUCAGUCUGGUCCAUCUGGAGGCCAUCCUGCGCUCAAUCCAUCCAUCCUCCCCGACCAUCAUGUUCUGUCCAGGGCUGCUCAACGACGUCAACGUAAAGGAACCAUGAGCUCUGGCAAACCUCCCAGUGAGCUUGACAUCAUGGAGGCUCCUCCCCCUUCCUUUCCUAUCCCAGACCAUCUGCAGCCAGAACAACCAUCUAUCCCAGCACCCACUUCUGUGUUCAGGACAAGCCAAGAGCCUUCAGAGGACCUAGCUCUGGAGACAAUAUCCAACCUCAUCAGGCGCCCUGGCGUGUCAUGGACCAGCCGCUCCCAAAAGGUUGCCAUGAUGGCCAUCCUGGACCACAAGACAGAUGUUGUUGCUGUCCUUCCUACCAAUGCUGGCAAGUCUAUGCUCAUGGUUGUCCCUCCCCUCAUGGAACAGAACAAGGUCACAGUUGGCAUCCUCCCUCUGAAGUCCCUCCUUGUGGACUUUAGAAGGAGACUGGACAAGAUGCAGGUUGGGUAUGAGGUGUGGACCGGAGAUGGACAGAAGAGGCUCACAGGGCAACACAACUUGGUCCUUGUCCUCAUAGACCAGGUUGUCAAGCCUUCCUGGAGACAGGCCGCUGCUGAGCUCAAUGAGCAAAAGCCCAUCUGGAGAUUUGUCUUUGAUGAAGCCCACUUUGCUCUGACCUCCAGAGACUUCCGGGACUGCCUGAGGGAAGUCUACGCCAUCCGCACAUUCUCUGCCCAGCUUGUCCUCAUGUCUGGCACCAUCUCCCCACUCUCUGAGCCAGCCCUCAGGGAUAGCUUUGGGCUCCUCCCAGACACCGAGGUCAUCAGGGAAAUUGUCACAUCCAGGUCAGAGAUCCAAUACAUCGUG